GAGGAAGGAUGGAAGAGACACAAGAGGGAGGAGAGAGGGACACCCUGUGAAUUUGAGAUGGGGGUGUGGACAGGGAAUCUUGGAGAGGAAAUUCCCAUCACCUUCCCAGUUCCUUUUUGUGCCCUUUGGCCCCACAUAACUCUUAGGGGGUUGUGGCAGUCAGAAGGCAGUUUACUGUCCUCCUUUCCCCAGCAGAAUUGGCUUCCUAGGAAUGCCCUCAGACACCUCUGUUUCUGUGUAGGCACAGGACCUCUUGUUUCUCAGUGGCCUUCGGUACUGUGUUCGACCCCUACUGACAUACAGAUGCCUCGUAGGGGGCCAUGUUUUCUACACUGAGUGGGUGUGCCUUUGACAUGUUUAAUGGCUUCUAUGCCGGUAGUGUGCCCAGUGCUAUCCACAGGCUGUGGAAAAACGAUGUGUUAUUUUCCAUCAGAAUUGCCUGUUCUUGUAUCUUAUGUCCAUGUCUCAUAGGCAGUCUUGACAUGUUCACGUCUGCGUGUUCUCAUCUGUUGCCUGUAUUGUGUGGUUUCGUGUUUCUUGCCCAUGUUAUGUAUUUGCACGUUUACUUUCGCAUGUAGAAAUCAUACCUUACUUUGUUCAGGCCCACAGGUGCUGUGUUUAGUCCCACUAUAUGCAGGUGUCUUCGUGUGUGGGAUCUCAUGGCUUAACUGACUAGCGCACACUCGGUUGUGAUCGGAUUGGCCUGUUGACUGCCUGUGUUUUCUUAGUCCGGGUUCACACCACCCACACGCGUGCCCCUUCGCGUGAUGUGCUGAUGUGACGUGUCCACAACUCGUGUGCUCCUGGUUAGACAUGUAUUUCAUAAUUUGGGGGCUAGUAUAGUUUGUGAGCCAUAUGCUCAUUAACUCCCUUGGCACUCCAUUGUGCUUAUGAAUCCUCGGACAUUUCCUGUUCUGCAGAGGAAAGGAACAUCACAUGUUAGAGAAGAAGAUAACUGGGCCUCCAUGCUGCUGAAGAGCCACCCCUAUAUACCUUCCCUUGCUGACCCCCCUGGCCUGUGUCUCUUCAUACACGUUAUCUCUGGUGCCUGUGCACAGUCUGUCCAUGAAGCUCAGUGCAUAGCACAGGGUUAGCCCUGCCAAGCACAUUAGCUGUUCCCUGCUCUUUGCCAACAACUCAUUUGAUGACACCGGCAUGUUUCCCCUGUGGCGUGUUAAUCCCCAUUCUGUAUGUUUCUCUUGUGCGAGACGGUGUGUUCCAUCUUGUCGCGAUUGUUGUUCUGCCGUCACUGUGACCCUGUCUUGUGUGUGUGCAUCCAGAGUAGGUUACUGUUAGGCCUGUGUGUUCAUUGCCUUCUUGGUGCCUUUUCUUUUCCUAGUUAAUAGUCCUCAAGAGGGUAGCUAUCUGAUUCAUGUUCAGAAGGGUUGUCCCGUUAAUUACAUCUAGGUGGGUAUGUACACAUCCUUAUAAUCUGUCCAGCAAAUGUUUAUUGAGCAUCUUCUCUGCUUCAUUCUGUCCUGGGCGUUGGGAAUAAGACAGUUCCUUCCAUCAGGCUGCCUGCAGGCUAGGGAGGGAAACACAGUUGACCUCAAGCAGCUACAUGCUGUUUAGUGUUGAGGUUAGUGGUUCUCAGACUUACGUGCACAUCGGAUUCACCUAGAUGGCUUGUUAAAACACUGGUUGAUGGGCCCAACGCCCAAAAGUCCUGUUGCAGAAGAUCUGGGGUGAGGGCCAAGGAUUUGUAUUUCUACACUUUGAGGACCAGUGAUCAAGAUAAAGUAUAAUGAAAACACGAGCCUGGAGGAGUUCAGGAAGAACUCCAAAAAGUAACACCAAACUGGAUGAGGCAAGUGAAGAGGUGGAGGAGCAUCCCCACCAAAGGGAACAGCCUGUCAUGACCUAGAAGCAUGAAAGAUCAUGGUGUGUCUGAGGAACUGCAGUUAAUCGGUGUGCUGGAGCGAAAAAGACUCUUGUAGGGAUGUGGCCAAGGAUGUAAGCAGAAGUCAGCCUGUCCAGAAGGGCCUUUGGGCAAGAGAUAUGCUCAGAUUGGUGUCGUGGAAACAUCCUCUGGUUGCCGUGUGGAAGAUGGAUCGAAGGGGAUGAGUUGGGAGCCUGUGGCACAUAGUCUAGGGGAGAAACGCUGGUUCCAGCUUGUGGGGAAAGUAGGAUGAAGCCACACUGAGAGCCUGCUGUCCUAGAGCUGACACAGUCCUGCUUCCCCUAUCACCUGUUACCUUCACCCUUGGCAGUGGACUUACCUUGGAGCACAGUCCUUCUGUCGUGGAAGGGAGUGCCUCUGGCCUUGAUAUGAGUGAUAGAUAUUUACCUGAACGCCAUUUUUGUGAAUUGUGACCCUGCCCCCAACAGUGGGUCAGGGUGGAGGAAGGAGGAAGAGCCUAGAGAACAGAUUCUGCAUGCUUGCGCUUCUUCCUCCUGAGCUCCUUCCUCUCCCAGGCAGGUGGUGACCAGAAUGGAGCUGUGGCCAGGGGCGGGGACUCUGCUGCUGCUGCUUUUCCUGCUGCUGCUCCUCCUGCUGCCCACUCUGUGGUUCUGCAGCCCCAGUGCCAAGUACUUCUUCAAGAUGGCCUUCUACAACGGCUGGAUCCUCUUCCUGGCUGUGCUCGCCAUCCCCGUGUGUGCCGUGCGAGGACGCAACGUCGAGAACAUGAAGAUCUUGCGCCUGAUGCUACUCCACAUCAAAUACCUGUACGGGAUCCGAGUGGAGGUACGAGGGGCCCACCACUUCCCUCCUUCACAGCCCUACGUCGUCGUCUCCAACCACCAGAGCUCCCUCGACCUGCUUGGGAUGAUGGAGGUGCUGCCAGGCCGCUGUGUGCCCAUUGCCAAGCGGGAGCUGCUGUGGGCCGGCUCUGCUGGGCUGGCCUGCUGGCUGGCGGGAGUCAUCUUCAUUGACCGGAAGCGCACUGGGGAUGCCAUCAGUGUCAUGUCUGAGGUCGCCCAGACCCUGCUUACACAGGACGUACGGGUCUGGGUUUUUCCCGAGGGCACAAGAAAUCACAACGGCUCCAUGCUGCCCUUCAAACGUGGCGCCUUCCACCUCGCAGUGCAGGCCCAGGUUCCCAUCGUGCCCAUCGUCAUGUCCUCCUACCAAGACUUCUACUGCAAGAAGGAGCGCCGCUUCACUUCGGGGCGAUGUCAGGUCCGGGUGCUGCCCCCAGUGCCCACAGAAGGGCUGACACCAGAUGACGUCCCAGCUCUGGCCGACAGAGUCCGGCACUCCAUGCUCACUGUUUUCCGGGAAAUCUCCACUGAUGGCAGGGGUGGUGGUGACUAUCUGAAGAAGCCCGGAGGGGUGGGCGAGGCCCGGCUCUGAGCUCCCUUCCCAUCUUCCCUCCCCACCCCACCCCCCCCCCCCCC